AUGAAUCGACUUGAAAAAUUAUCUGCAUAUAUAUUUCCUUCAGAUCCUGCUAAAGGAUAUAUUGGUUCUAUUGACUUAAAUAUUUGGUUGGCACAGAUAGCUGGAAUACCUCUUCUGGGCUUGAAACAUGAACCAUUGGGACUAAAAAUCAUUUUACUGUGCUAUGGAACGUUGAUGACUAUUUUUGUCACUUUUCUGUACACGGGAUUUGAAAUUUAUGAUUUGAUCUUGUGUUGGAGAAGUUUGGAUUCUUUAACACAAAACACCUGCUUAUCAUUGACUCAUCUUGCUGGAGUGACAAAGAUCUUGAAUUCUUUUUAUCGCUUUUCAGACAUUCGCAAUGUGAUAGAGAAGUUUAAGUUGGCAACGAUGAAAUAUGUUGUAACUACCGAACAGAGAAAGGCUUUUUACCGCGGCGAGUUUGAGAAUAAACUACCUUUUGCUAUAUAUGCAACGUUGGUUUCUUUCACUGGAUUUCUGGGAAUGAUAAUGUUAUUCUAUGAUCCUAUAAAUGCGAUUGGACAGUUUCCUUAUCGUGUAAAAUUACCAGCAAGCCUCAAGCCGGAACUACAGUUAAUUUAUAUGGGAGUCAGUGUUUAUGGCUUGCAAGCAAUAGUAGAUAGAAUCUACUCAAUUAAUACUUAUCAUCAAAUACGUUUUCAAUUGAGGUUUCUUAAUCUGUCAUUUAGUGAGUUGUCUAUGAAUGAUCGUAAACAAUUAUUAGGAUCUCAAAAGAAACCAUUUGUGAAUGAACGCAUAAAUUUAAUUAUUGAACAUCAUUGGUGUUUACUAGACUUACGUAAUCAAAUCGAGGAUAUUUUUCGUAUGCCGGUUUUAAUACAAUUUUUCACAUCUGUAAUUAUUUUCGCCUUGACUGGAUUUCAGGCCACUGUUCGUAACGAUACCACUAAUGGAACUGUACUUAUUUAUUUUUACUGCUGUUGUAUUUUUUGUGAGCUUUUUAUUUAUUGCUGGUGUGGAAAUGAUGUCUUCGAACAGAGUAAAACACUAUCAACAACUGGUUAUAGCUGUAUUUGGUAUAAAUAUGAUCAACGUUUCAAGAAGUCAUUACAAAUAUUUCUGAUUAAUGCUCAGAAACCAUUUAUUUUCUCUGCGGGGGGCUUUAUGACACUAUCUUUGCCUAGUUUUGCUGGUAUAUUAACGAAGUCAUAUUCAUACAUUGCAGUUCUGCGACAGUUGUAUAGCCGAUAAGUGGAAUUGACACAUAGCCGAUAAGAUAAGUUGUUCAU